AUGCCCGUCAUCGAAGAGAAAUACAGCAUCCCGCGGGACUUCGAAGGCUUCGGCGAAGAAGGCUUCAACCCACAGUGGCCCAACAACGCCCGCAUCGCCAUCUCCUUCGUCCUCAACUACGUACCCUACCUCCCCGCUCCUUCCCCCCAUAUCCCCACUAACUCAACCCAGGAAGAAGGCGGCGAACGCAGCAUCCUCGACGGCGACGCCCACUCCGAGCCCUACCUCUGGGAAAAAGGCUCCUCGGGCGGGUACAAGCAAAACGCACGGUACCUGAACGCAGAGCAAGACUUCGAGUACGGGUCGCGGUCGGCCUCCUGGCGCCUGCUGCGGCUGUUCAAAGAAUUCAACUGGAAUUUCACGACGUACGCGGUUGCCGUGGCGCUGCAGAAGAACCCGGCGUUCGCACGCGCGCUCGUGCGAGACGGCCACGAGAUCGCGGCGCACGGGUACCGCUGGCUGGAUAUUUGGGAGUAUACGCCGGAGCAGGAGAGGGAGUAUAUUGUUCGCACGUUGAAAGUGCUGAAGGAGGUUAGUGGGGAGAUGCCGGUGGGGGCGUACUUUGGGCGCGGGACGCCGCAGACGCAUGCGAAGUUUCCGGAGAUCUGGGAGGAGAUGGGCGAGGAGUUUCUGUGGAGCAGUGAGGUUUAUAAUGAUGAUGUGCCGUAUUGGUUGGAUUUGCCGUGGGAGGGGACGAAGCCUGAGGGGGAGAGGAAGGGGAUGUUGUUGAUUCCGUAUAACUUCCGUGGCGGAGUCGUACGAGCAGUAUCUGAAGAACACGUUCGACAUGUUAUACCGCGAGGGCGGGAAGAUGAUGAAUAUCCCGCUGCACACGAGGAUCAUUGGCAAGCCGGGGAGAUGCGAGGCGCUGAGGAAGUUCAUGCUCCUAAAUGUCGACCUGGCCAUGCUGUGCCCCCAAGCCCUAAGAACAUGAAUCCCAAGAGUAAUGAUGCAACUGGAUCACUACUAAAACAAUCAAACCUCCUUAACCCCGUACCCAACGCCCUUCUCCUCCUCCCCGACCAACACCCUCCCCGCAAACCCAGCCCUAAUGCCCUCGACGGUCUCGCCCUCCAGGAAGCCCUCCGUCCUCGCCAUCUCCUCAAACCGCAGUCCCCUCCCCCCAUCCCCCUCCUCCAGUAUCUUCACUGGCCAAACAAGAUUCAACAGAUAAAACAACACACACCCCAUCGCAAAACUCAACAAAAACCCCAACUUAUACAUAUCCUUGCUCCCCUGCCCCACAGCCUCGCCAUCCCCAAGACUCCCCGCAAUCCCAUGCACCGUAAACGCCACACCCCCAGCCCAAGCCGCAAUAGCCCGCACAUUCCAGCCGUGAUAAUAAGCAUACACCGUGCCCGGCUCCUUCGUAUACAGACUGGGGACGUGGAAGUUCCCGCGCCGGAUAAGCCAGUAGUCGACGAUCAUGAUCCCGCACGUGGGCAUCAGGAAGACCGUAUACGAGCCCAGGAACGUGAGGAACGACUGCGCGGACGAGAUGAUCUUCCACGGGACGCAGAGCGGCGCAAGCAAUGCGCAGAGGACCUGCCCGCGGACGAUAUUGAUGUAUCGAGUUCGGAUGGAGGGGGAACGCACCAAACUCGCAAAGAACAUGCCCGCCCGCGCCUGCGCCCCCCAAAACCGCGUCAGAAUCUCAUCGUACAGAUCCCACACGUUCCAGAAACUCCGCCCCAGGAUCUUCGUCGUGACGCUCGUCGUCGCACAGCUCACAAACAUCACGAGAACCUUGCUAAUCAGGAUCCCCAGGCCCUGCGACCAGGUCGCCUGCGCCGGGCGCGUCGCAUACCGCGCCACAUCGGGCUGGUUGACGAGGAUCGGACACAGCGCGCCCAUGACGCUAUUGGUCGCCUGGAUCAUGGGCCAGAUGAGCGCGGAGCCAUGGAGUGCCAUCUGCCCAUCGAACGCGAAAUCGCCGAGUCCGCCAUUCAUCCGCACCGCCCACCCAAGAACCCCGAGCAGCGCAGCAGUCGUAUACACAGCCUUGACGACAAACAAAUGCCUCAGGAGCGUGGGAUGCACAAACAUAACGCCGAGCUGGACGAUCCAGAACACGAAGAACGCAAGCAGAUCGCGGCUGGAGAUCCCCGCGGACAAGGGGAGCGUGUUUCGCAGAUCCACCCAGGCGUCCCCGAAGAUGCAGCGCAGACACACGGCCGUGAUCAUGCCGCCGUAGUACGACUGCGUGGCGAAGUAGAUUAUUGCGACGGAGGCGCGCACGAGCACGAAGAGGCGCGACCCGCCGAUUCCCGAGGACGCGCGGAUGUACACUGGGUAGCCGAUGUGGUAGCGGGUGGCGCCGCGGGAGUUGAGGAUUACGAGGAGCGAGAGGAUGAGCGAGCCGAGGACUGCGGCGAGGAGGCAGUGCCACCAGCGCUGGCGAGUUGA